AUGUUGCGUGCUCUAACAGCCAUAUUCUUCUUCGCUCUGCCUUCUAUCCAGAGCGCAGUCCCGACGAAAUUCGCACCCCUCCAGUUUGCCAAAGACGGUACUUUCCAGAUCUCAAUUCUAGAAGAUCUCCACUUCGGAGAAAAUGCCUGGGAUACGUGGGGCCCCGAACAAGACGUCAACUCGGUGGCUGUAAUCAACCGAGUGCUUAACGCCGAAUCGCCCGAUCUAGUCGUUCUCAACGGCGAUCUGAUUACCGGCGACAACGCAUUCCUGGAAAACAGCACUGUUUACAUUGAUAAGAUCGUCGCUCCGCUCGUUGAUCGUAGUUUGACGUGGGCGUCUACCUAUGGCAACCAUGACAGUGCUUAUAAUCUCUCGCGCGAGGCGAUUCUAGCUCGCGAACACCGCUGGCCCAAUUCAAGGACCGAGCAGAUGGUCUUUGGUCGUGAAGCUGGUGUUUCGAAUUACUAUCUCCCCGUACAUGGGUCCGAUGAUGAGAGUUCCACUGGUGCACCGGAACUGCUCCUCUGGUUCUUUGAUAGCAGAGGUGGUUAUUACUACCAGGAACUGGAUACUGCUGGAAAUGUGAUUGCGCAGCCGAACUGGGUCGAUGUUGGUGUGGUUGACUGGUUCAAGAAGACAAAUGAAGAGCUCGUCAAGAAAUAUCACAAGAACAUCCCGUCUCUCGUUUUCGUGCAUAUUCCUACGAAUGCGUCGCUGGCUGCGCAGACGGAGAUUGGGAUCAACGCGUAUCGUGAACCCGGUAUUAAUGACGAUUAUACCCUCGCGCAACAGGGUGAGGGAUGGUGUGCUGAUGGCAGCGAUGCCAGCACCUGCACCUACGGAGGACAGGAUGUGCCGUUCAUGAAAGCCCUUGUCAACACGCCUGGUGUUCUUGCAGUGUUUUCGGGUCACGAUCACGGCGAUACUUGGUGCUAUAAGUGGGACAGUCUGAUUUCGGGAAUGACCGUCGAGGGCAAUGGUGUUAAUCUUUGCUUUGGACAGCACUCUGGGUAUGGGGGGUAUGGAAGUUGGAUCCGUGGAUCGAGACAGGUUCUUGUAUCGGAGGAGAAGUUGAAGAAGAAGGUGAUUGAUUCUUGGAUCCGAUUGGAAUCCGGGGGUGUCGUGGGGUCUGUUUCGUUGAAUGCGACAUAUGGGGAAGAUAAGUAUCCAGAGACUCCAGAUUUGUUGUCAUCAUGUCCCACGUGCAGCUACACCCUUGACUCUUGA